UCAACAAACUAAAAUUUUAGCUCUUUCCAUUUUUUGCGUUUGGCAAAAAGUUAACCAAAAAAAAAAUCAACAAAGAAUAAAUUUAGUGAUAAAGAAAGAUAACUUAAUCGAAGUAAAAAAAAAUUACGGUAUUAAAAUGGUGAUAUGGUGAAAGUUAAAUGAUGAUUUUAAUUGCACUGAUUCUCAUGCUUUUCAUGAAAGAAUCGCAGCAAGGCCGUGAAGAGAAAAGAUUAUUGAACACGUUAUUUGCUGAUGGGGCGUACAACAAGUUGGAGCGACCUGUGGCCGACGACAAGGAGCCACUGAUCGUCAACUUCAGUUUGACUCUGCAACAAAUCAUCGAUGUGGAUGAAAAGAAUCAAAUCAUCCACACGAAUCUUUGGCUAAACAUUAAAUGGAAUGAUUACAACCUAGUUUGGAACCCGCAAGAAUAUGACAACAUAUCAAGUUUAAGAAUUUCCGCCAAUCAUAUUUGGAGACCCGAUAUCUUAAUGUACAAUAGUGCCGAUGAAGAUAUUGACAGUACCUUUCCGACGAAUAUCGUCGUAUCUUCAAAUGGUAAUUGCUUAUGGGUUCCACCGGGGAUGUUUGCCAGCACGUGCAAAAUUGAUAUCAGCUGGUUUCCAUUUGAUGACCAACGAUGCAAGAUGAAGUUCGGCUCGUGGACGUAUGAUUCCAGUGGCAUUAAUUUGAUACUGCAGAAUGACACUGGUGACGUUUCUAAUUUUAUCCCGAGCGGGGAAUGGGAUUUAAUAGGCAUGCCUGCCAGUCGUAACGUCCUUUCGUACGAUUGCUGUCCCGAGCAGUACAUUGACAUCACGUUCGUCAUCCACAUACGAAGGAGGUUUCUGUACUACGCGUUCAACCUCAUCAUCCCCUGCAUCCUCAUCAGCUCCAUGGCUCUGCUGACGUUCACUCUGCCGCCUGACGCCGGAGAAAAAAUUUCGCUGGGUGUAACAGUGCUUCUUUCCUUGACUGUCUUCCUGUUGUUGGUGGCUGAGACGAUGCCCCCCACCGCCGAUGCUGUCCCACUCAUUGGAUCAUAUUUUGCCGGCAUCAUGUUGAUGUGCUCCCUCUCAGUUGUGUGCACGGUGCUGGUGUUGAACUUCCACCACAGAUCACCCGACACCCAUGGCAUGCCUAACUGGGUUCGCAUAGGAGUGUGUCAGUGGCUUGCUAAAGUUGUUCGUAUGAAAAGACCAAAUUUUGAAGAAAAAAAACACGACAGAGCAGUUUAUUACAAAAACACGAGUGGAAAAGAGCGACAUAUCCUGGAAAAUAAUAAAACUAAUUUGAAGGAAAAUAUUUUGUUAACUAACAAGUUAUAUUCCCAAAGAAAAACUCCAAUCUCUGCAAGAUUUUCUCCAACGACAGUGAGGAAAACAACUCUUCUGCAACAUGAGUCGAUACAGUUUUUAGCAACAACGAAAAGCGAACAACUUCUGCUGUCAAUACUGAACGAGUUGAAAUUUGCAACGAAUAAAAUUCGAAACGACGACAUGCGCUGCGACAUGUGCAACGAUUGGAAGUUUGCCGCAAUGGUGGUCGAUAGGUUGUGUUUGUGGCUCUUCACCGUCUUCACCCUCGGUUCAACUGCCAUCGUUUUUCUAUCGGCACCGCACGUAGUGAAAUACGACUGAGUGAUCUGAUGGCUCAUCUUACUGGAUGCUCACUCGAUCGCUUGAAAAAUAAAAUGAUCAUUCGUGACAACCUGAUUCGUGAAGCUAAUUAUUUAUUAACACUAUGUUCAACUUUUUAUUUAAUUUUAUGUUUAACUUUUUAUUUAAGAGUGGUUAAAUUAUAUGUUAAAUAAAAGUGAACUAUUGUUAUUUUU